AUGGACAUUUCCAACAGUAUUCGGGGUGUAUUCAUUCGAAUCUUCUUGGCUUUCCUUAUACUGUCUGUCAUUAUGAAAGUUGUCAAGGAAAAACUCAUCUUAUGGUUGUAUGGCCAAAAUGCUGAUUCGGGAAUGUCUGUAUUAACAAGAGGAUAUAUGAUCUCUGAUGUAUCAACAAAACGAUUGGGCAAUAGUUCUGUGAUAACUAGCUUUCAGCCGUCUAGCAGUAAUAUGUCUGGUGAUCCGAUCCGAGUAACUGUUUCUAGCAUUAAGGCUGUCGAGCUUUGUGUCUUACGUGAUGUCUCAUUGUCUACUUUCCAUGCUAUAUUGACUAGUGACCACAAAAAUCUUAGAGAUUACAUUGUUACCAACGCUACCGAAAAACAUACAGUAAAACCUGGAAUUCAAGACAUAUCCAUACAUGUGAACGUUCAUUCUUGCCCUGAUCACACGAAACGGGAUAAAUAUUCAGUUGUUAUUGGUCUAGUUUCAAGUACUCCAGAUUCACUGGUUGAAGAAAUAAAUAUCACAUGCUACAUAAUUCAUGUAAAGAUUCGAGAAGAAGAACAUGUGAAUACAAGUAUUAUGUAUACAUACUGGAAAACCACAUGGAAUCGUCUUCUAACUCCACAGAUUCUUUUUGAUGCUGGUGAUAAUGUCAACUCAAUUAAUGAGACUACUAUUUUACCCAUGAAAACAAUUACAUCAUAUACAAAUAAUAAUGAAAUUAGUCGAACAUGGAGACCAUGUUGUUUUAUUUGUCUUUCUUCAGAAACUAUAUCUAAUCUACGUGUUUUAUUACCAUGUCGACAUGCAGCUAUUUGUUCUGAUUGUUUUCAAUCAUUACAUAAAUCCGCAAUGUUUACAAUCAAUCAUCAUUUAAUUGGUUUAAUUACUUGUCCAAUAUGUCGUACACCAGUAAAUUCAACAUUAUUAUUACCUAGAACUAAUUAUGAUGAAUUCAAUAAUGAAGUCAAUCAUACUACUGAUGAAGAUGGUGUCACUACUACUAAUAAUAUUACUGAAAUCCCUUUAUGA